UAGAGAGCUGCCGUCUCCCGGUGACAUGCCGCCAGUGCAGCUACAGACUGAACUGACUGCGGAAAGCGCUUGACACAGUUUCAGUACAAUUAGCCAUGUUAUGUGCAUACAUACGCGACAAUAGUCUAAGUAACUAAGCCAAUGCGUGUUGUUAAUGUACCGAGGGAACGUACAGGGAAUUUUGACUGUCAGCCGACCGGGAAAAUCUCUCACGCCAGCCGGUUUCCGGGGAUUGAGAGUCCGCAUCGGCUGACGGCAGACGUCGGUCUUGUGGCUCGGGGGGUUAGGGCGAGCUAGCACAUCAUCGCCGACUAUCCACCUCUCGAUUUCAGUCACCUCCGAUAUGUCAAGAAAGCUACAACGGACGGAGAUCUGCGCUGACUGCAGUGCACCAGACCCUGGCUGGACCAGUAUUAACCGAGGGGUACUGAUCUGCGAUGAAUGCUGUUCAGUUCACCGCAGUUUAGGUCGCCAUAUCUCCAUAGUCAAGCAUCUGAGGCACAGCGGAUGGCCGCCUGCAUUAAUGCAGAUGGUUCAAACUUUGGCCGGCAAUGGUGCCAACUCCAUAUGGGAGCACAGUCUUCUGGAUCCCGCUCAGAUACAGAGCGGUCGAAGGAAACCCAACCCUCAGGACAAAGUCCAUCCGACAAAGUCUGAGUUCAUCAGAGCGAAAUACCAGAUGCUGGCCUAUGUUCACAAGCUACCCUGUCGCGAUGAUGAUGGUGUGACUACCAAGGAUCUAAACAAGCAACUUCACUCAAGUGUGCGAACAGGAAGUUUAGAGACGUGUCUUCGACUGCUGUCCCUAGGCGCUCAGGCCAACUUCUUCCAUCCAGAGAAGGGCACUACUCCUCUCCAUGUGGCAGCCAAAGCAGGACAAAUUUUACAAGCUGAGCUACUAGUGGUGUACGGUGCAGACCCCGGAGCGCCUGACAUCAAUGGACGCACACCAAUGGAUUACGCCAGGCAGGCGGGCCACAUCGAGUUGGCAGAGAGGCUAGUUGAAUGUCAAUAUGAGCUGACAGAUAGGCUAGCCUUUUACCUGUGUGGCCGUCGCCCAGAUCACAAGAAUGGCCAUUAUAUAAUCCCUCAAAUGGCGGACAGAGCUCGUCCUAAGUGCCCGACACAGAGUCUGGACCUCUCAGAACUGGCUAAGGCAGCCAAGAAGAAGCUCCAAGCGCUUAAUAAUCGUCUUUUUGAGGAGCUUGCGAUGGAUGUCUACGAUGAAGUGGAUCGCAGAGAAAAUGAUGCAGUGUGGCUUACUACACAGAACCACAGUACUCUGGUUACGGAACGAAGCGCUGUGCCCUUCUUACCGGUUAACCCUGAGUACUCUGCUACGCGAAAUCAGGGCCGUCAGAAACUUGCACGUUUCAAUGCUCGAGAGUUUGCCACGCUCAUCAUUGACAUCCUGAGUGAUGCCAAAAGGAGACAGCAGGGGAAAGGUCUUAGCAGCCCAACUGAUCCAUUGGAUUUAGGAUUUGAUGAUGACCAGCACGACUAUGAUAGUGUAGCCUCUGAUGAAGAUACAGACAGUGAGCUAACCACCCAAAAUAAUAACAACACACAACGCAACAACCGUGCAAAGAGUAUGGACUCGUCUGAUUUAUCCGAUGGGCCCAUCACUCUACAGGAGUACCUGGAGGUAAAGAAAGCCCUCGCCUCCUCAGAAGCCAAGGUGCAACAGCUGAUGAAGGUCAACAACAACUUAAGUGAGGAACUUAGGCGGCUACAGAAAGAGAUCACACGGAUGCAGACAGAGAACAGCGCGCUGCGGGGUGGCCAGCACGCUGGGGGGCCAGUGGGCCAUGGAGUCGGGGGUCAAGGUGGAGGAACCGGCUGGCUGGGUGGCGGGAUGCGAGGAGUAAUUCGUGGGGAUCUGACGGCAUUGGGGAAAGGAUUUGAUCCCACAGUGGCCUCCUCAGCCGCCUCACAGCCCCAUCCUCAUCGGAGAGACCGCCAGGCUUUCUCCAUGUAUGAGCCUGGGGCUGGCCCAAACCCCACGGCCCAUGGUCCCCCAGCCCUGGACGCCCUGGCAGCCCGCCUGCAGCCCCUCAACACACCCAACGUAAGGAAGGGUAGUACGGGUGGUUUAACUUCAUACGGAGGCCAACAUUUGUCAGCAUCGUCAGAGAUUGGCCGUUAUAUGAUCUCCAAAUCGGAUAAGCACGGUAGUGGUACCGACAGCGACUACGACAACACGCAAACAUAUGACCCCUCGAUAAGCAUGGGUCGCAGUAGCGAGGAGGAGGGGCGCGGGGAGGCAGAGGAGGGAGGUGGCGGUGAGAUGUGUGAUCCAGACCCCACCUUGCCGUGCACGGAAGACGUCAUACUUAAGACUGAGCAGGUGACAAAGAACAUCCAGGAGCUUCUCAGGGCAGCUCAGGAGUUCAAACAUGACAGCUUUGUUCCUUGUUCGGAGAAGAUCCAUUCUGCUGUCACUGAGAUGGCCUCACUCUUUCCCAAACGUCCUGCCUUGGAUGCAGUCCACUGUUCGCUCCGCCUGUUGGCUUCCAGUGCGUCACGCUUACAGGUGGAGUGCCGCAAGGCGGCACCCUCGGAACCUGGCGCGCCCGCCGUAGACUAUCAGCUCCUCACUCAGCAGGUCAUCCAGUGCGCCUACGACAUAGCCAAGGCUGCCAAACAACUGGUCACCAUCACCACUCGCGAGAAGAAGCAGUGACACAUGGUGAGAUGCUAAGAGAAGAUCAGACAAGGAGGAGUGGGUCCACGCAAGGGCGGGUAAAGAGGAUCGGGGGCAGUCAGUGCGCGAAUGGCAAAGAGAAAUUUGGACUGCAUGGGAAGGAAUCAGAUGGAAACGUCGAUAAGUCAAUGAGCACAGAGAGGGAAUGGGAUCCGAGGUCUCAAGGUUAGGCUGCGGAAUCUGAUGUGCAAGAUAAAUGGCUUUAAGUGUGAUGAAAACAAGGAAGCAUGAUGGUGCUGAUGUACAGUGAAGCGCAUCCAGACAUGUUGCCACUUUAUUUAUUCCCCUGCUGUCGCUCGUCGUCCCUUUUUCAGCCCAAUCACUUGGACCAACAUCAACUGUGACAGCCCAUCUGUGGCUGACCUCUGCCUUCCUCUGCUACAUCAGUGGAUCCACGCAUCACGUCUUCUCUGGUUUUCUCCUGCAAAUGUGUUGAGGUCCAUCAUGGCAUGUUCUUCUGGCAUGUUUCUUAUAUUUUUGUUUCCCUUUAAAUGGGCAGGUUUGGGAUGAGUUUGAAUCUCAAAGACUUACAAAAACACUUACACUGGAAUAAUUGUGAUGUAUUGAUUUGCUUUUGUUUUUUUUAAUUGCUAUUUUUACUGACGCUUUUUGUUGUUUGUCGUUGUCUCACUUAUGAUUCUCAAUUAGUGGUGCAGGGAGACACUGUUCAACCUCUUACUGGGAUUUAGUUUAAUAACCUGAGAACAGUCCUAAGCAUUUCUCAAGCACUCUAUCAGAGUGACAGUCACUUGACGGCCGAGGAGUUUCAGAUUGAAUGGUCAGAUCAAAAAUCCCUUGGUCUAUUGAGAGGUCCUGGAUCACAUUUUUUUUUUUUUUUUUUUUUUUUUAAAUGAAACCUCAAUUGUGUUUUUGUGUUCGAUUUUGUUUAAAGCAUUUUUGAAAAUUGUUUCUCUUAAUAUUUGCCUCAUUUAUCCUCUCCAGUGAAAUCAUCUCAGAAUUUAAAAUUGUCGACUGUUGCAGUUCAGCAAUCCGGAACAACGUCACAGGAUAUGGUUUAUUCAUUUGUGUUAUUUGAUACUGAUUUAGUUUUCCAAUUAUUUUAGUUGCCUGGUGAGCACCAUCGAGCCACUUGUUUUAUUUUGCUUUAUUCUGCAUCAACGUGGUCUGCUUAUUCGUCCCACGAAACUAAAGUCUCUGUGGGGAGACAGUUUUGUAAACCUAGAUUGGUCGCCUCCUACUUAUAAGAGCUGGUUGAACCGUGCCAAAGAGUGUAGAGUCAAACAAGCCUGCUGGUUUCUCGUUCUCAAAAUCAAUUCCACAUUCAUUAAACCUUGCCAAGUCCAAUCCAGCACUUUGAGAUGGACCACCUUCAGCACUUGAGUUAAAAUUUGAAAAUUGUAGAUUUAUUUGCUGACAUCUGUCGCAUGCCUCAGUAGAUGAGGGCUGAUUGUUUGCCUUGCCCUAUAAAGACUUGCAAUGUAUCAUUGCUUGAUAUUGAAUGCCUUUGCACAUGAUCAUCUCCUGUUUGACUGGCUGCAAUGUUGUUCUGACUGCUGCAACAGAAACAUUUCCAUCGACAAAGCUUCUCCCAUCAAUCAAGUUUUAGACUAGAGCCAUAUACUGUAUAUGAACAUAUAUAUUUUCAUGCUAUAUUUUAUAUUAAGCUACGUUUUCGAUAUUUAUGUCUCUUUGUUGGCCCGAGUGGGCUUUAGACUGGGAGAGCUAUUCACCAGUUCAAUUUAGCCUUGAGAGUAUGGUAGCAGGCUUUGGGUACCAGGAAUGAGAUGGAUCUAGCAGGUGGCUUGUGCACUUAGUUGCACUAUUUUACCAAAUCCCAGCUGAAUUAAGUCACAUCUACAACAUGUAAUGCACCCUCAUACAAGUCAAGUGCAUUAGGUGCUAGAUGCAAGGGCUGCUAUACGUCUGGUGUGGUGUAAUAGGAAAGGUCUGAAGCAUGCUUGGGCUCAGCACUACAAGUCAUCUCAGAAUGGUAAGGGGAAGAGGUCCCCAAAAAAUGCACAUGGCACCUCAUCCCUCAUUUAGUGGACACUCAGUCAAGUGUCUCUUGUGUGAAUGUUAACCAGUUAAGUCUCAUCGUGCCCAGCACACUUUUAUUUCUCAGUCUGCACACAUUUUAACACCCUCAAUUGUCAUGGGCUGGACCAAGCCUUCCAUCAGCCAGUGAUUUAUUUGAGCCCACCCAAACCUUGAACUGGCCAUACACCAUGGCCUGCUGCAUUGCUGUCCUUGUGCAUCACCCUAUGGGCAUAAACUUUGGGAGAUGGGUGACGGGAGCGUUGUCUUUUAACAGAAAACACUAAAAACAAUAAACGUAGAGACAAAACAAUGACUUAAAAAGGUCAGUCGUAAUGGAAACUCAUAAGCUGUACAUUUGUAAUAAAAUAAUAAAACAAGUUAAUUGUACACUGCUUGGCUGGUUUCUUUUUGAUUAAUAUGCAAAUGUUUCCGCUGUGAACAGAAAUAAACAACCUAUUAAAAGAAAAAAAAAUCUGGUGGAAUCCUGUUCAUGAAUAAUCUGGUGAAUAAAAUUAACCAGUAAAACAGCGGCAAUGCUCAUUUUCUCUAUGAUUUACAAAUUAUGUAUGGUCAACCAUGACAUUUGAGUGUUCUCAAAUACCUAUAUGCUUGGAUUAUCUCAUAAAAUUCAUAAAUUUAAAUAAAU